ACGUGUCCCCUCCUGCACCCUUCCGACCCCCAGCAUGGCAUCGCCCAUGAGGAGCUUGCUCACCGACCCUUCCAGAUACGUCCAGUCUUUCCGCCUCUUCCUCACGAAUUCAACAGAGCACCAGUGCAUGCGGGAGUUCAUGGAGGGGCAGCUGCCGGCCGUGAUAGCGAGUAUUGGAAAUGGGAAGUCUACAAUCAAUAUUCUAAGUGUUGGUGGCGGAGCAGGUGAGAUUGACCUGCUGAUCCUCUCAAAAGUACAAGCCAGAUAUCCAGGGGUCACCAUCAGCAACGAUGUGAUAGAGCCAAGUGCUGACCAAAUCUUCAAGUACAAAGAGCGUGUGGCUGAGACAUCAAACCUCGAGAACGUAAAGUUUACCUGGCAUGAGGAGACAGCUUAUGAAUAUGAAAGUCGAAUGAAUGCAGAAAAGAAGUCUAAAAAAUGGGACUUCAUUCACAUGAUCCAGGUGUUGUAUUAUGUGAAAGAUGUCCCAGCGACUAUCCGGUAUUUCCACGGCCUCCUGGAAGCGCAGGGGAAGCUCCUCAUUAUCCUGGUGUCAGGAACCAGUGGCUGGGAAAUGCUGUGGAAGAAGUAUGGGUCUUCCUUCCCUUUAGAUGAUCUCUGCUUAUAUGUUUCCUCUGCUGACAUCAAAAGGAUACUGGAUUCCGCCGGGCUGAAGUACCAGCUCCAUGAGCUCCCAUCCCACAUGGACAUAACGAGCUGCUUUAUUGAAGGGAACAAGAAUGGGGAGCUGUUGCUGGAUUUCCUGACAGAAACUUGCGAGUUUUCUAAAACUGCUCCUCCUGAACUAAAGCGUCAGGUAAUGGAAGAGUUAAGAAAGCCUGAAUGCAGUGAAGAAAGAGAUGGGAAGGUGCUUUUUAAUAACAACUUGAGUGUAAUAGUGAUUGAGCCAUGACUUAACCUCUUCUUGCUUCUUGAUCCAAAGCGAAAAGUCAGGUACAAACUGUUAACAGCUGAAAUAUGUUUUUCAUACUUUAUAAAUGGCUUAGUUUACUUCAGUACUGAUAUAUAACUUUUGGAGCCUGUUAAGAAAUCAGUAUUAAUAUCUGUUGUUAUAAGUGAGCUUUAAUAUGUGAUUAAUUCUGUACUAAUCUAUGAAUGUGUAACUCACUAAGCAGUUAAUUGUGCUUUAUCGUUUGAAUGUUGUAUAGUCAGAUUAACUUGGACCGUCCACUCAGGCACUGCAGAAACCUGACCAUUUGCUAGAAAAUAAUCAAGAACUAUACAUGGUUUCAUCAUCUUCAUUUAAAAACUCUCUACAGACCAACUCUCUUACAACUUCUCAGUGCAGCUGGCAAGAGUGGAGGCUCAGAACGACCAACCAUUUGGGUGGCUGCUCAAUGGGAUCUCUUGAGCUUGCUGCGACUUCAAGACAUCAUAUCUCCAGUUGCU